AUGGAUGUCACAUACUACGAAAUAUUGGGGGUAUCAAAACAAGCAACUACACAAGAGAUAAGGCAAGCAUAUAAAAAACUAGCAAUAAAAUAUCACCCAGAUAAAAACUCUAAUGAAGAAGAGCAAGAAAAAUUCAUAAAAAUGACCGAGGCUUACGAAACAUUAAAGGACCCUGAGAAAAGGCGCAAAUAUGAUAUUUAUGGGUCUCACUCGGGAUACACAAGAAAGUAUGAUUAUAGUACUCAAUCUGAGUUUAACAAUCUGUUCUAUAAUGGAUUAUAUCACAAUGACCCUUUUGUGAUAACACUGAAAAGUGGCACCUUCUUUGCACAUCUGACAGAGGGCUAUCAUUUCAUAAAUUUCUACUCGCCAUUUUGUCCACCUUGUCAAAACUUAGUUGACCACUGGACGAAGUUAGCUGAGAAAUAUAAAGGAAUCGUGAAAGUUGGUGCUGUAAAUUGCAAGUAUCACAGCGCUUUUUGCUAUCAUAACAUGAGGAUUAGCAGCUAUCCAACUUUACUGUUUUAUCCUAAUGGUAAAGAAGGCAACUUUGUGUACUAUAGAGGAGAGCAUACAUUUCAAGCCCUUGAGGAGUUUGUUAUAUCAUUUCUGCAAAAACGCUUUCAUGUGCCCAUUGUGAGACAGCUGCGAAGUAGUGACAGACCAAUUGCAUAUGUGCUUGGUUCAAAUUACAUUGAGGAUUAUGCACUGACCAGAAUUGCUUUCCACCUGAAUGGCCUGGCAACAGUUGUGAUAGUGGAAGACGAGAGUCUCCGAGAGAAACUGUCAAAGGACCUCGAAGUGGUGGUGGUCUUCAAAUACAAGAAAAUACACAAAGAAAUUUCAAGCAGUGCGGAGGAGACUAUUUUAGAGGAAAUAGUUGAUACUUUCCCUAAAGUCAAACAGAUAGAUCCGGAAGCGUUGAAGAAAAUAAGAAACGGACUUCGAAACGAUCAAGAAACUCCUUGGGUGCUUUACUUCCCCAGCGAAGACGACAACAGAUUGCUCUUGCAUCAAAUGAGGCUACAAUUCCCUAACAUGAAUUUCGGCGAGAUCGACUGCAAAACACAGCGGGCUCUCUGCGACUCGCUCCAGAUUGAGGAGACGCCAUGUUGGGCGCUGGUGAAAGCGGGCGGUGGCUACCAGCGGUCGGCCCCUACCACUCCGCCCGCCGCUUUCAUAGCCCGAUCGGCGGGAGCGGUUAACCUCCACACGCUCUCCGCCUCUGAAUUGCGCCGCGUACUGGACGGCGAAAUGGGUACCUGGGUGGUACUAGUCGUGCCCUAUAAGUUCUCUUGGGAAAACAUUGCAGAGCCUUUUACGGAAGCAAGUAUGCAGUUUGCCGAUUCGGUGGAUAUCAGUUUCGGUAUAAUGGCGUGCACCCUUAAAUCAGAGCAGUACUGCCGCGAGCUGGCCUACAACCAGCCGACGUUAUUCUUGCAAGAUGGCGUGAAGAAAUAUCAAUACAACGGGAGAAUCGACGAGGCGCAGAUAGUGGAGUUCAUUGACCUGCUCAAACACAGUGGCAGUGUAUCGUUAAGUGAGCAGCAAAUAUUGGAGAUCCUGGACGUGUCGAGCCGUGAGCACAGCUGGCUCGUGGCACACUUGCCAGCCGGGUGUGGCAAGUUUUGCGAUGACCUCGAGCACGAGUGGCGCAUAAUUGCCAAGAAGCUAAGCCCUCUGGAGUUUGUACGCGUGGGCGUCUUGCGGUGUGCUGUUAGCGGCCAAGGCUUCUGCGCGAAUGUUCGCGCGCCCACGGCCAGACUCUACCCGGUUUCAUCCGGACAACACUUCACUCUCAACCUGCAACACACAUCCGAGGCGCCAUACAUACUGGAGUGGGCUUUGGAGAGGAUAGACGACUCCAUACAGAACCUCAGCUGGCAAACAUUCACUAAAAACGUGGUAGCCGAAGAGCUAAGACCAAGCGGGAACAAGAAGCCUUGGUUGGUGUAUUUCCACUCGCCGAGGUGUUACCAUUGUUUCGAGAAGUUCCCGGACUUUGCUAUCGCCUCAAUUUUCCUGGGCAACGUCGUGAACUUCGGCAGAGUGAACUGCAUCACCGAGCGCAGCGUGUGCCAGAACGAGCACAUAACCAGCUACCCCACUCUGCGGCUGUACCUCCCGAGGAACCACUACCAAAGUCACAGCAGCGUCGUCAAGCUGAAGAUAAGAGACCACUCCAGCAUCAUAGACGACAUCCGACCCCAUUUGGCCAACUACGACCAAGACCUACUGGCCGGCCUGGACAAAAUAGGCGUGCGCGGUGUACAUUUCAAACACGACGAGCUG